ACGGAAGUAGCGCCGGCCCGGGCGGAAGCAGGAAGCGGGUGCGAGGCCACGCCCGUGGCGGUGCUGUUUGUGGCGCGGCGGAGGCGGGGGUGGCCGGGCUGCGGCGAUGGCGGAGAAGUUUGACCACCUGGAGGAGCACCUGGAGAAGUUCGUGGAGAACAUUCGGCAGCUCGGCAUCAUCGUCAGCGACUUCCAGCCCAGCAGCCAGGCCGGGCUCAACCAGAAGCUGAAUUUUAUUGUUACUGGCUUACAAGAUAUUGAUAAAUGCAGACAGCAGCUGCAUGAUAUUACUGUACCUUUAGAAGUUUUUGAAUACAUAGAUCAAGGCCGAAACCCCCAGCUCUACACCAAAGAGUGUCUGGAGAGGGCUCUAGCGAAGAAUGAACAAGUUAAGGGCAAGAUUGACACGAUGAAGAAAUUUAAGAACCUGUUGAUUCAAGAACUUUCGAAAGUUUUUCCAGAAGACAUGGCUAAGUACCGAAGCAUCCGCGGGGAGGACCACCCCCCGUCCUGACUGGCUGCCGCCCGCCACCGAGAGGCCUGCCUCGCCCUUCUCUGAAUUGCUGGGAGUGUUGCCAGGUGUGGGCCCCAGCGGAGACCCCCUGUGCUUCCUUGCCAAGGGGACCUGCCCUCGCGCCACUCCCCUUGUCACGGUUGGGCGGGACCGGGGAGGCCCUGGAGGCGGCCUGCGCCCGGCGGUGCUGCUCUGCCCCGAGGAGCGUAGACUCCGUCAUCACCCGCAGACACCCGGCGACUGCGCCUCUGGAUGCGAUUCAUGCGGUUGCUCUCCGGGGGAAACUAGGGCACAGGAAAUAGUUUAGGAAAUAUUAGCUAUGACUGGUAAAUUAAAAAGUUUAAGAAGUUUUAUCUGAUAUUUUUCUUUUCACAUACUCUUUCUGUUCCAUUUUAUUACGGCAUCAAAGAAAGCCGAAACAAAAAAAGGAAAAGUUUUAAAAACGAAGAUAAAUUGGUUUCAUGUGGGAAGUGCUUAAAUUGUUUUUGUAUUUUACAUUCCAAGUAUAGUGCAUACCCACUGCAUUAAUGUAACUAUGUUUUCCUGAAUUUCAGUUAGCACAUGUGUGUAAUAAAUUCUUUAAAUAU